UGCAUCAGCAAUCAGUUUGCAGUUCCUUAUCCCCCAUGUUAGAACUGCCCGAGUCACUGGCAGCUAUACUAGACGGUGAGGAAGACGAUGGUGAAGGCCUACUCCCAGGGGAGGUUUUCUGGCGCGACCACUACAUGUGGUUAAACGAAUGCGGGUACUUGCUCCGACCUCGCUAUCGACCUGAUUGGGUUCCUUCAUGGACUAAGACCAAGAAAUGGCCCGAAUCUUGCGAAGACGGACUACUACAACUUGACAGUGACCUUAUGGAUGGCGAAAGGAAAUCUGACGGGAAGGUAGUAGUCUUCAAGAAAAUAUCGAAAUCCAGGCAUCCGUACGAGGAGGAAAUAGGCCGGUUCCUAUCUUCCGGGCCUCUUGCAUCGGACCCUCAUAAUCACUGCGUACCUAUUAUCGACGUCUUGCAAGUACCAGAUGAUGAUGACCUCACCAUCUUGGUGAUGCCGUUACUGCGUAAAUUUAAGGACCCUCCAUUUGACACUAUUGGCGAGGUGCUCGAAUUUUUCCGACAAAUCUUUGAGGGUUUACAAUUCAUGCAUCAUCACCUCGUAGCUCACCGUGAUUGCAUGGUGUUGAACUACAUGAUGGACCCGACGGCGUUGUAUCCAAGACAUUUUCAUCCCGUCGAAACUGACCGAAGCAGGGAUUUUAAGUCCAAGGCCAAACACUACAGACGCACUAGCCAUCCAGUGUCGUACGUGAUAAUUGAUUUCGGUAUUUCUCGUCGUUACCAGUCGUCGGAGAUGCCGCCGCUGGAGCCGCCGAUCCUAGGCGGAGACAAGUCAGCCCCAGAAUUUAAGAAAUCCGCCGAACCUUGCAAUCCGUUCCCGACAGAUGUUUACUAUGUAGGCAAUUUUAUUCGAACAUGUUUCUUGGAGGUAUACCAUGGACUAGAAUUCAUGCGUCCUUUUGUUAUGGACAUGGUCCAGGAUGAUCCUGAGAAGAGGCCUGAUAUGGAUGCAGUUGUCGACCGUUAUGCAGAACUUCUCACUUCGAGACGCACACGAAGUUUGCGAGGUCGUCUGGCGAAGAAGAGAGAAAAUCCUGUUGCCGGUAUUUUCAGAAGGGUCAGCCAUUCUAUUCGAACCUGCAUUUAUAUUGCUCGCGGUUAUAAUCCUUUGCCUACCCCAAGAGCAUUAUAAUCUUCGACACUUCCUAAAGUCGCCCUACUUUGCGCAGUACUUGAUACCCCGGUUUCAUAUGGCUUUUGUCAUUGUCAUAUAGUUUUGUUCCUAUCUCUCCGCCAAUGUGCAAGUGUUGGGGG